GAACAUUGCUAGCAGCUGCCUGUUUGAGGGAGGGGUGAAUGAGUUGAGCUGCAGGAAGCUUGUUCAGCCAUGUUAGUUUUCUCUGGUGUUCACAAACGAUGAGAGAGAGGAGCCAUGGCCUUGUCACUGAGCGGAGACGAUGAGGAAUAUGAUUCAGAGUCUGAGCAGCAGCGGGCAGCCAACCGGCCGAAGCCGAAGGUUGGGACGUCUGCGGCCAUCAAGCUGCCGUCCAAUCGCAGCUCGUCGGGAGCGAGACGCAGGAGGACGCGAUGCCGGAAGUGCGAGGCGUGCGUCCGGACCGAGUGUGGAGAGUGUCACUUCUGCAAAGACAUGAAGAAGUUCGGAGGGCCGGGGCGCAUGAAGCAGUCCUGCAUCAUGAGGCAGUGCAUUGCACCGGUGCUGCCUCACACGGCGGUGUGUGUGGUGUGUAAAGAGGCCGGGAAAGAGGACACACUGGAGGAAGAGGAGGAAAAGUUCAACUUCAUGCUGAUGGAGUGCUCCAUCUGCAACGAGAUCGUCCAUCCCAACUGCCUGAAGGUGAACGAUGCCUCAGGAGUGGUGAACGAUGAGCUACCCAACUGCUGGGAAUGCCCCAAAUGCAACCAUGCUGGAAAAAGUGGAAAAUCCCCCUUGGCAUUGAAACAAAAAAGGGGUCCAGGGUUCAAGUACGCCUCCAACCUCCCGGGCUCUCUGCUGAGGGAGCAGAAGUCCCUGAAGGAGGAGGGGGACGCGUCCACAGCGGUGAAGAGGAGGCCGGACAGAGAGGAGACCCCCAGGUACCGACCGGAGGAGACUCUCCACCGACAGCCCCCCCUGCUCUCCCCCAGCAACCUGCCCCGCCCCCGGCCCGAGGACAAACUGAGGAAGAAGAGGAAGCUGUUUGAUGACGAUGAGGAAGAGGAUCUCGGCGUGAGGAAGAAGGAAAAGUCAGAUGAUCCUUAUUAUUCCAAACUCCUACAUCAUAUAAAGACAGAAGAGGAGGACGAAGACCCCUAUGAGGAGGAGGAUGAAGAAGGCAGGGUGCCUCACUUCAGGGGAGGUGUAGAAAGGAGAGGGCGUUUUGUGGACCCUGAAGACGAAGCAGAUGAGAGGGACUCCAGGAGUUCACUCUUAAACCCCUCCGUUAAAACUCCUUUUGGAGACAGUGACCAGUCGCUCUGCAGCUCCCCGCAGGCCGGCCCCAGCAGCGAGGGCGGCAGUGAGACCCAGGAAAAGGGUCCGCGUCGCAAAGCCCGCCGGAAGCGCCGUUUACCCAACAGAGAGCUGAGCCGGGAGCUGAGCAAAGCCCUGAACCAGGAGAUCCAGAAGACGGAGGACUGCCUGGCCAACGAGAACCGGCAGCCCCUCAAGGUGGAGCCGCAGACGGAGAACGAGGAACCCAAGAGGCUGUUCCGCAACGAGCUGGGGGAUCAGAGGCCCCACCUCAAGAACAAAGAGAUGAACGGGACCCCCUGGGAGCUGCGCCACUUCUACCCCAGUCAGAUCACCCCGCUGGGCUUCAACAGGAGCACCCCCACCAACCGGCCCGUGCCCCCACACUCCCCGCCCAAGUGUGUCCAGAUGGAGCGGCACGUCAUCCGGCCGCCCCCGAUAAGCCCGCCCCCCGACAGACUGCCGCUGAAAGACGGGAAAUCACACGUCAUUCAGCGAGAGGUGUGGAUGAAGAUCUUCGGAUACCUCACCCACCAGGAGCUGUGUGUCUGCAUGAGGGUCUGCAAGACGUGGAACAGAUGGUGUUGUGAUAAGAGACUCUGGACGAUGAUCGACCUGAACCGCUGCACCUCCAUCACGCCUCUCAUGCUGAGUGGGAUUAUCCGCCGGCAGCCGGGCUCCCUGGACCUCAGCUGGACCAACAUCUCCAAGAAACAAUUGGGCUGGCUUAUAAACAGAUUGCCAGGUCUUCGGGUGUUAAAGUUGUCGGGGUGUUCCUGGGCGGCGGUUUCUGCGCUCUGCACCUCCAGCUGCCCUCUGCUGCGCACCCUGGACGUCCAGUGGGUAGAGGGGCUCAAAGACGCUCAGAUGAGGGACCUCCUCUCUCCCCCCACAGACAACAGACCAGGUCAGCUGGAUAACCGCUGCAAGCUGCGGAACGUAGAGGACCUGCGCCUGGCGGGGCUGGACAUCACCGACGCGUCUCUACGCCUCAUCAGCCGGCAGAUGCCCUCUCUCUCCAUGCUGGACCUGAGCUACUGCAACCACAUCAACGACCAGUCGGUCAACCUGCUGACCGCCGCCGGGACCACCACCAGGGACUCCCUCACAGACAUCAACCUGUCAGUUUGUAACCGGGUCACAGACCAUUCCCUGAACUUUUUCAAGCGCUGUGGCAGCAUCUGUCAGAUCGACCUGCGCUUCUGCAAGCAGGUGACGAGGACGGCCUGCGAGCGCUUCAUCGCAGAAAUGUCAGUGAGCGUGCCGUUCAGACUGAAAGAGGACAAACUGCUGCAGAAGGCCAGCUAGUUCUUCCUAACAACCAAUAAAAGACUUUGCACUUAAUGGAACAAUAUUUUUCUUUGUAAACUGCUCCUGUGAUAAGUCUCUGAAUCGAUGUAAAGAAACUGAAACGAGACGGAUUCCGGAAACACAUUCACUGGACAGAAAAAAGGAUGCAUGCAUUUGUGUUGCUAUUAUACUUUUUUUUUUAAAGAUGUGCUUAUUUGUUUGGUUUUUUAUUUUUAUUCUUUAAAUAUUUGAGAACACAGUAUUUUUAUACAAGCUUCACUUCACAGAGUUUACUUAACAUGUCUCAGGAGCUGAGAAUCACAGAGACUGCAUGGCAUGUGAACAGAGAAAAUGUCCCCUUCCUCACUUUGCCUUCAUACGACCAUAUCUUCUACGUGCCAACAUCUGUAUCUGACAUUAAUGGAACUUCAGUAUCAGACAAAAAAAGAUGACCUGUACAGAAAUAAAUAUCUGAUUAAAUUAUCAUUACUUUUUCUCAAAUAUUUAGAAUGUAUUUCAAAAUGACAAACAUAUUUCCUUUCACACCCUCAUGUCUUCACUUACCUUAAUACUUUUAUAAAUUGUUGAGUGUUGUGUUUGACAUUUCAACAUUAAUUUAUUGAUUUUGUUUUUUUAUUACAGUUUAUAUUUAUUCAUUUAUUCAAUAAGUUGACAUUGAUGCCUCAGAACCGGAUCAAAUAAUGCUAGCUAAUAACUUAUCGGGUUAGUUUGAGCCUGUUGGUGGAGUUUAACACACAGUCAGUGGCAGGAAGUUGACAUUAAUACAAUGUGAAAUGACUUUACCUGAAUUACCUGCCACUGACUGUAUGACACAGUCAGCCUCACACAUCUGGUCACAGGCUUAAAGUAUUGUGCAAAUAACUCAUUUGCAUAAUGUUUAAAUAAUAGCUCCAUACAGUAGGUGUCGUGUGUAUUUUGGGGUGUUGUGCUGUAAUCAAUCACCUGAGGUGAAUGUGAUCAUGUUUAUAUUUGUAAAUCCAAAAACUAUGCUAAUAUGCAUUAAAAUAAUUUCAUUUGUAUCAUCA